AUGAAGUUCUUUUUAUUACCAUUAUUUACACUCUGUUGUUUCUCUCAAAUGGUAUCAAGUCAAGAAGAGAUCACCCAAUUCUUUAUUAUGAACAGCCAAAAUGUAUUCUACUCUUAUAAUACUACUAGUGGAGCACUGAUCACUACAAAUGAUACAAACUCUACUAGCAAAUAUAACUUUUACGGUCAACUUUCUUCCAAUGCAACAGACAACACCGUCUUGUUUUUAGGCACUGAUUUAGAAUUGAAUCAAGAUUGCAUGGUUCAAUAUAAUAUUAAUCAAAAUAGUCUUACAACUUUACAAUGCACAAAUGCUGUAUUUAACAGCACAAUGUUUCCUCAAGCAAUUGCCUAUGACCCCGUACACAAUUUUGCAGCUAUUCCUUCAAAUGAUACAUCUUCCAAUUUAACAAUUUAUAUUUGGAAUUUUAAUACUCAAGAACUUGAAUCAAUUCCACUUCCAACAGGAGUGAUGAAUGAUGUAACAUUGACACCAGUUGGAGCUUAUGAUGCUAGCACUGGAAACUACUACAUUCUUUAUACUCUAUUAUCCUCUGUCCAUCAAGAAGCCCCCUUGGUGAUGAUCUACAACUUGUUGUCAAGAAAGGUUGUCCAAGAGAGACUUUCAAUCAGUAAUGCUGGUACGGCCCAACCUCAAUUCAUCUUUGCCAGCGGUCGUGUCUUUUUCGUCGAUAUCUACCCUAUGGGAGAUCAGGUUAUCUUGGAAAUCGAUCUUGAAUCGCGUCAAGCCACCCAAGCUUGGGUCAUUCAAAACGGUUGGAAAACAAACGAGGGCUUAGACUUUGGUAUGACCAUUGGCCAAAAAGGUAAUUAUAUUGUUCUUUUCUCGCAUUUCAAGCAACAAUUCGUUUGCACAACUGUAUCACUUUACCCAGGAAAGGUAACGUUUACCACUUCCCCACCAGCUCAACCAACUGAUAAUGUCAUUGGUUUAGAAUGGAUAUCUGGUGCAAUUUAA